AAACAGUUGACAUUUAUAUUCGAAUCAGUGGACUGUGGAGUUGUGUUAAAUAUUUUAAUUUAUGCAAACUGAGUCGAGAAUAAUAAGUGCUUUUAUUUAUUGUUUUAGUGAAAUUAUAAACAAUAGCAAUUUAAUAGUAUCUAUGGUUCCUGCUUUUAUAUAAUUGUUUAACUCAUCAGUGUAAAUGGCUUCUACACCAAAACAAGCGAAUGGUAAUUCGCCGUCAAAUAACGACCGCCCGGGUGGAAAACGGAAAAAGUCGCGUAGUAAAGGGACGUUCUUGUCGAAAUGGCUUGACAAAACAAUGCGUGACAUCCAUGAACCGCCACCCAGCUUAGAAAUGUAUGAUCCCUUCAUGAAUUCCAACAUGUAUCCUCAAUUUUCUCCCGGCUUUAAUCCAUAUAAAUUUAACACGUACAGUUGUGCACCAGAGCCGAUGUCUCUACCACCAUUGCCCACAUACUACAACUCUUUUAUACCACCACCUUACUCUGACUAUCCUAAUUCAAAUACUCAACAAGAAAUGCAAGGCCGGAAAACGCUUCCUCGGCGGCGCAAUGAAAACAAAGUCGAAGAAGUAGCAAGCUUUCCAGCAGAUAAUAUGAACCAAAAAUCAUAUUUGGAACUGAAACAUUUCUCGGACAGCCAGGAUUUUGCAAGUCUACCUCCUAUUGUGACAUCAAUGGCGGAUACAAAUUCAAACUGUGAUUUCCCGGAGCGAAAUGACAAAGAAGAUUCAAAUAACACAAGAAGAUUCAGUGAUCCCUGCGUGAGGGGCUUGCCUGAUGCUGAGAGGCAAGCUAAUGGUGAUGCAGACUCAGAUUGUUCUAGUUCUGGUCUGUCAGGAAGUCAAGUGGGUAGCCGGCUCUUAACCUGCCUUUUGGAUCAAAUUGCAUCACUAAAAGCAACCAAUGGUAGAUUGACGAAAGAAUUACAGGACACUAGAGCUGAACUAGAUAAUCUCAGGCAGAAUGGUUAUUUUCCUAAAAGCUCAGGAAAUUUGGGAGCACCUAAUCUUAACAGCAAUGGUAUGUACUCGCCCGGGUGUGUCGCUGAUAUGGUCCGGGAGAUUCGAGACGCUACCAGGAUCAGAGAGGAAGCAAUGUACGCCAGAUUGAGAGCCAUGCUCAUUGAGAAGACAGACAGCGGAUUAUCUUCAACCGAGUCGAAGCUGGCUGAGAGAACUCUUGAUGAAAUAAAGGGCUCGUUACGCGCCUGGGAGGCCGACAAACGACUCAUGGUGGACAAGAUCCUUAAACUAGAAGACGAACUGAGACAUUUAAGACUGAAUGGUUUGGACGGCGAAACGCGCGUGAACGGCAACGAUGAAGACGAUCGUACGAGAUUACGACGCGAACUCACAGAGACGAGGAGAUCGAAACAGAACGCGGAAGAACACUCUCACAAAUUGGAACGCCUCGUGACGCAGUUGCUAUCGAAAUUCAACGGUCCUCAGGUGACGAACGGAGAGGAUUCAUUGCUGAGCGAAAAUGAAAAUGACAUCCGACCCAGACGUAUCAGCUCGUCCAAUUCAGCUAAAUCCUUGACUAAUCUCACGAAUGUCCUGUCCAAUAAUAAUUUGUCCAACACAGCCAAUACGGGUUUCUUCGGCCCGGUUACUGAUUUGUAGCGCACGGCCCUAAGGCAGGUUGUCUGUUACAUUGCCAAGGAUUUUAUUAGAUCUCUGAUACAAAUUGUCUGAUCAUUACCAAGUUAUUCUCUUGAGAUAAUUAACUCGAAUCUCACUUCGGAUCGCUCUAAAAUAAGAAUACAGAAAAAAUAUACUAGCCAAAAUGAUUUGUGUGAAGAAGCCAGUCUCGUGUAAACCAAAUAUUAGUUAGUAUUUUCCAGUAACUAACAGUUUUGAUGGCGUCUAGUACUUAUAUCGAAUCUGAAAGCUCAUUUGGACUGUGAUAGAGAAAUCACUAUGAAAACCCCAAAAAUUUAAUUAAAAAAAAAUUACGUUCCUAAUAACAAAGCAAUAAUAUGAUUUUUAAUAGAAAACUAACUGAACUAAUUAAUAUUUAACUGCACAAAUAUAUGCUACAAAUAUAACAUUAUACGUACUCGUAUAAAUUUUUGGUUUGUUUUGGUUUCGGUUUGGUUUGUUUGGUUUGAUAUAGUGAAAUUUGAUACAAUCCGCUCCCUUCAUAUUCACUUGCAUUAAAUAUAAGUAAAUUUACAAUAAUUUAGAGUUAUCAAAAAUAAUUAAUAAACGUAACUUUAUAGGAAGGUAGAAACAAAACCUUAGUCGACCUACAGACUGCUUGAAAAAUAUUGAUUAUUAUAAUAAUUACAUCAUAAGAUUUAGAUAUUCGUUAAUUAAUAAAUUUAACGAGAUAGCGAUUGGUUUUUGUUUUUUUCAAAGUAAUUUUUUUUUUUUUUUUUAACAUUUCUAUGUCAUGUUUGAAUGAACGGACAAAGGUUUUUUUUAUUUUCUUCCAUCAACAAGGACAAUAAUUUCAUUAUAAUUAUCAUUAGGAAGCGAUUUCUGUAAUUUUAUAUAUUAUUUUUUUGUUUGUGUGUGAUUAUUUAUACAUUGGUCUCUCUAUGUGUGCUUCUGUGAAAAUGUCCUAAUACUCAAAAUAGUUAGAUCUAUUGAAGUUCUUACAGGAAAUAUGUAGGAAUAGUUAUAGUGAUGUAGGUUGUAACGUUAUAUUUUUAAGUAUCGUAAUAUAUUUUGAUUAUUGAAAUUUAUAAUUAAUAAAAAAAAAUACAAUUUUAUUUACCUUACAUUAGCUUUCUGUCACAUCUAGUCUGUAAGCAUUUGUCAUUCUUGUCCUUCAAUAUUAAUUCGACUAACAUCUAUAUAAAGAUGGCUUAAACAACGCGAGUCUGUUAUAACUAUUUAAUGAUUCGUUCGUAGCGACCACCGAUACAUGAGUAUAAUAUAAUUUCAACUUUUAUACCAAAUUUUUUUAAUAUAGGUAGGUUAAACACAUAGGAUUAACUUAUUAAUAAACUUUAGUAUGUAAAUGUCACGAUGUUUGUUAUGAAAAAAAAGUAUUUAUAUGUCAAUGUCACUAUUACGUCAAUUUAAAGUGACAUUUGCAUAUAAGUACGCUAGAUACUUAUCUGUAAUAUAAUAUAAUCUGUGGUGCCUUAAACGUAAUUAUAUCCGCCCGUUUAUUUUUUAUUAUAUAAAAUAAUAUGUUGUGUUUCGUGUGCCAUUCGCUUGAUUCAAUGUUUUAUCGCUAUUUUUACAGCUGAUUACUUUAUUGUAUUAUAUGUCAUUUUAUUUUUAUAACAUAAUAAACUACCAAAAAUCACCAGCACUUUCAAUACUCAAUACAGUUUUUUGUUUUUCUGUAAUGUCACAUAACACGUUAUGUAAAGGUUUUAAUAAAACGUAACAAUA